UCACCCGCAGGGGGUAUCGGUCCUCUAGCCGUCUCGCACUUGUUUUCUCUUACUACGUGGUUUUUUUCAUGUUCCCUUUUCUCUUCUCUCUUCCGUUCUUCUUCUUCUUCUUCUUCUUCUUGUUCGUCCUAUCAUUCCCCUUCAGCCAACAACUGAGCGCCGCCAUCCACAAGUCGCCACCACCAGCGCCAUCAUGGCCAACCAGCCCAGCCAGCAGCCAGUUGGUAAAAGGUAGUCGGCCAACACAAGAGUGUAGCGUCAACGUGUUGCUAACUCGUCGGGGGCGAAACAAUUUUUUCGAAAUAUUUAUUUCUUCUCCAACUUGUGUGUGUGUCUUGUCUGAUCGACAUUGCUCAAAUUGUCGACAUUUUUUCUUUCUCUAUUGCCAGCAACAAGUUUAUUCACCCAAAAGUGUGAUCGCGCCAUGUUUCAACAGUGUGCCUCGUGUGUGUGAAUUUUGGUGGCUACAAGUUUAUUUCUUUUUUUGUUUGACAGUGAACAAUUUGGUGUUUUUUUUUUAAAGAAAUUGUUGAGUUGUGAGUGUGUUUGUGAGCCUUAGUGUCUUGGAAAUCUCCCCAAAAAGGAUUUUCUUUUUUAAGUUUGACACAUUUCCGCCUCAGGUGGAUUGACGAAGGAUUUACGCGAGUACCUGACGACUCGCUUUGCUAAAGGCUCUGUGGACCAUGAGCUGCAGACGACCAUUCGAGACAACUUGUACCUGCGGACAGUGCCCGUGACGACUCGGCCGAGGCGGCCAGGAGAGACGGACGGACUUGACUACACUUUUCUCAGUUUGGAGCAAUUCCGGCUGCUGGAAAAGAACGGAUCGCUGCUCGAAAGGGGCAUUUAUGACGACCCUCUAUAGAUGGAAUUAAGUCUUACGCAUGCGGCUCUUCUUAUCUCUCCCUACAAAAACCCCUUCCGCUCUAGCACGUUUGAAUGGCUUCUCUUCCGGAUGGGAUUUCAUUGAUUUAACCUCCUCCUCGUUCACCCUCCGUCCCACCUACUGAGCAAAUAUUUCUCCUCUUUCGGAAUUCUUUCUUUUUUAAACUAUCAACCGCCUAUGACUUUACUACGGCGACAUUUGAUCCGGCCGCCGCAUGCUGAUGAGUUGCAACCCAACCAGAAUAGACAAAACAACAACGAGAUAAAAUAAUAAAUACAAGACAAGAAAGAAGAGAAUGAAAUACACGCCCAAAUCGUGGUCGGCUUCUUUGCCGAGAUCGACCGCCCGCCGUGCACUGGGCCGGAUUGUCGCUACUCCGCCGGUUCUCUUACGGCGCGCCAGGAGGAGAUCCUUUUCCGACCUCUACACGACGACGCCUUUCGAUUCCGAUAACUUUGCCACCGACUCGGCCAGCCUCUUGCAGUUACUAACCACCGACGAUGACCCCAAACUAACCUUCUCUUCUUCUACUUCUUCUUCUUCUUCUACUUCGACUAAUGACGUCACAACUGCCAAUCGCACUCUAUCCGCACUCAAUCCCGUUUUCUUAAACUCACGAUGGUCGACAGGGAAUUAUUACGGGACGCCGAAACCUCCGUUGGAUUCCCCGUUGGUCUUGCCAUCGACACCUUUAGCGCAGUCAUCGACGACGGCGUUGCUCCAGCACAACAACAACAACAACUUGCCGUCGAGUGGUGGUGGUGGUACCACUUCAUCAUCGUUGCUCCUGUUGGCCGGAGCACAUCCCAGCUCGGAGGGUAAACGUCGACGAAACCGCUCGAAUGUGGAAGCGAUGGCCGCCGCACAGAACGACGGCGAUCCAGACCCCAGCAAUUGCAGCGGUGGAGGAGGCCUUGACCACCAACCUGUCCACUCUUCGAUGCAGCAUCUGAAUCCAUCGCAAAGAAUGGGCGGCGGUGCUAACGGAGGAGGAGGAGCUCCCAACUGCAACAACAGCAUAGGAGGCAGCAAUAAUAACAUGUCGAUUCCCAGUUACAGAGAAGAUGGAGGUGGCGCCAUGGGCGGAUUAUCCGAAGCCGAAUUGGGACCCCUUCCGCAAAAUUGGGAGAAGGCCUACACGGAACGAGGCGAAGUCUAUUUCAUCGACCAUAAUACUGGAACGUCUCAGUGGCUGGACCCGAGACUGUCUAAAAUCCAGAAAAAGUCGCUGGAAGAGUGUGCCGAAGACGAGUUGCCUUACGGAUGGGAGAAGAUUGACGACCCGACGUACGGCACGUACUACAUCGACCACGUCAAUCGCAAAACGCAGUACGAGAAUCCGGUGACGCAGGCCAAGAAGGGCGGAAGCAGUGAGCCUGGAACGGGCAGCAGUCCGCCAGGGCCUCCCGGAGGAUUACCCACUGGCAACGCCAGCAGUACAGAUUCCGGCAACAGCACCUACCCUCGCCUCAAGAAACAACAGCAACAACAACAACAGCAGCAACAACAACAAUCGAACGAGAGCGGCGGAGUCGGAGGAGGACACAAUGGCAACAACCAACCACCGGCCCCAUUACCCAAACGCUCCAAUAGUGAGUCCAGAUUAAAUCUCCACGGUUACGGAGGUUACAACCGGCCGUUCUUCACGAGAAAUCCGUCCGAGUUGCAGGGCGAGCGGAUCUGUACGACGUUGCUCAAAUCCAACCGCGGACUGGGUUUCACCAUCGUUGGCGGUGACGACAGCGAGGAAGAAUUCCUCCAGAUCAAAUCGGUCGUUCCGCACGGACCCGCCUGGGUCGACGGACGCCUACAGACGGGCGACGUUUUGGUGUACGUGAUGGAUCAGUGCGUUCUGGGCUACACCCACCACGAUAUGGUGAACAUGUUCCAGUCUAUAGCGCCGGGCCAGGCCGUUGCGUUGGAAGUUUGUCGAGGAUAUCCUCUGCCCUUCGACCCGAACGAUCCCAACACGGAGAUCGUCACCACCGUGGCCGUUGCCCAGCAGGACGGCAACAAGGGGCCGUCUCGUCCCGGAAGUGCCGACCUGCUCAUGCAUCAGGGCUCCUCUUCAUCCGAGCAUCACCACCACCACCAGGAUAAUAACGACAUGGCUCACCGAUUUGACGGUGAUGAAUACGGCGAUGGCGGAGUCAACGGCAAUCCAUCAGGAGGCUCGAUUGGCAAGGUUGAAUUCCUGACGGUGCAAAUUACCAAAGGUGCUAUGGGAUUUGGAUUCACGAUCGCUGACAGCGCCUACGGCCAGAAGGUCAAGACCAUAUUGGACAGGCCGCGCUGCAAGAAUCUCCAAGAAGGCGACAUCCUGGUUGACAUUAACGGCAUCAACAUGAGACACAUGAGUCACGGCGAAGUUGUCCAGGUGCUGAAGGACUGCGCUUGGGGUCGCGAAGCGUCCAUUACAGUCCAGCGUGGCGGAGCGGCAACGCCCACGAAAAACAAGUGGAAAAAGGGUGGAAUUAAAGACCAGGACCAGCAACAACAACAGCCGCCCGUCAGUCCGCGCAAACCCCCAGUCGGCGCUGGACUGUUUCGCAGUAAAACGCCCACGGCUGACCUUUACAGCGCCCAAACGAAGGAAGUGGUGCCCAUCAGACCGAAAACGCCACUGGUAGACACUCGCAACCGGCCCAAAACGCCUUCAAUGGGAGUGGGCAUGAGUGGCGGUCCGUCGUCUCAGCCGUCGUCACUGCCGGAUCAUUUGGAACAGCACCGGGAAAUCAACCGGACGCCUGUCAACGCUCUGGCGGAGCAGUUCCAGAACGGCAUGAACUUCCAGGACAAUAACGGAGUGGUGGGAGGUUACAACAGCCAGCAGCAGCAGCAACGGAACAUGAUGAAUCGAAGUCGGAGUCCGGGCAGAGAACUGGACUCGCAUCCGUCGAUGCAGAUGCACUACGAGAAUGGUCUGCCGCCGGACGCUGGCUACGGUGGCAUGCCCAACGGCUACCCACCGGCUUACGAGUCCGACUACGGCCGGAUGGGUCAACCCUCUCGCAAUGCCCGCUCCGAUCCUUACGCUCCUAAUCCUUACACCGGUGGAUCUUACUCCAUGGACGCCUCACGUCCGAUGGAUUACGGUUACGGUUAUUCAGGAAUGAAUGGACCGAACGUUCCGGAUUAUCCGGAAGAGAACCUCGGCCAGUUCCACCGUCAGGAUUCCGGCUACGGCACUCAACCGCAGUCGGUGGUUGUGGGUUACAGCAACAACAAUAGCAACAGCAGCAACAACCUCCUCCGUCAGAAUGCUGGGCCGGGCUCGUUUGCCCCGCUCAAAGAAGGCACCAGCUUCGAUCACGAAUUGUCGUCGUAUCCGCCCAGCAUGUCGACUGGCGGCCGUCCGGAUGUGGCGAUGAGGAGGCCGGGUCCCAACAGCGUCAACAGCAGCGGCGGUGGCGGAGUAGGAGUAGGUGGAGGAGGCAAUCCAGCAGUCAAUUCGUCGUCGGGUCAGCAAUCGCUGCCGCCGCCCGGCGAGUGGAUGGAAAUGAACGUGACGCUUUUGAGGCACGAAACGGGUUUCGGCUUCCGCAUCGUCGGCGGCACGGAAGAAGGGUCGCAGGUCUCUAUCGGGCACAUAGUUCCGGGCGGAGCGGCCGAUCUCGACGGCCGGCUCCGAACCGGUGACGAAAUCUUGGCCGUCGAUCUGAUGUCGGUCGUUCACACAUCUCACCACCACGUCGUCCAGCUGAUGGGCGCGGCCGCUCUCAACGGCCGAGUUUCCAUCACGGUCCGGCGCUGGAUACCCCUCCAUCCGUCGUCCAUCUCCCCACAAGAUACUGGAUAUCCGAGCGGAGUUGGCGACGGCAGCGGCCUGAUUUACCCGUACGACGUGACGGUGGUGCGUCGCGAGGAUGAAGGUUUCGGCUUCGUCAUCAUCUCGUCGGUGACGAAGGGCGUGUCGUUCAUCGGCCAAAUCAUCCCCGACAGCCCGGCCAAGCGCUGCUCUCAGCUGCACGUUGGCGACCGCAUUUUGGCCGUCAAUCACCACGACAUAUCGAGGCUUCACCACGGCGAUAUUGUCAACCUCAUCAAAGAUUCCGGCUACACCGUGACGCUCACCGUCGGACCUCCUCUGGACGACACAGCCUCCAGCAACGCCUCCAACUCUCACCGGUCUUCCGAUGCCAUGGUAACCGCCCAAGCCUUGCCUGCUCCUCCUGCUAGUGACGGUACUAGGAGCCCCAGCAGAAUUGACGCUUAUCACCAACAAUAUGCCUACAACCAGGAAGAUCAGAUCGAUGGGCCGAUGAUUGACGGAUCAGAGGCGUACCCUCCGAUAGAGGAAGACCAACUUUACGCCGUGGAACUGAGCCGAGGUACCCGAGGAUUUGGAUUCAGCAUACGAGGCGGAAGGGAAUUUCAUAACAUGCCUCUCUUCGUUCUCCGCAUCGCCGACAAUGGCGCCGCCGCUCAGGAUGGCCGUCUAAGAGUAGGCGAUCAGCUGAUUGAAAUCAACGGCAUCAGCACCAAGAAUAUGACGCACGCAGAUGCCAUCGAGUUGAUUAAAAAUGGCGGAAUGGUGGUCCGUCUUUUACUCCGGAGAGGCAACAUCGCUCCUCCCAUGGGUGAAAAUGGGCAAAUGUUAUCGCCGUCAUCAACGGGCUCUCCUACGACGCCCUCUGGCAUGAUGGAAAUGAUGAGGCCCAACAGCUCCAUGGCCCAGCCUCACCACGGCUCUUACGGCAGCAACGGGCCUCUCUCUCAACUCCAUCAGGCGGACAGCCGGAUGCCCAACGGCAUUCCCGUCGGCCACCAACAGCAACAGUCUCAGCAGCAGCAGCAGCAACAGUUGCAACAACAACAACACCAGCAACAGCAACAACAAUACACGGGACCACCGCCGUACAUGAUGGGCCCGCGCGGAAUGCCCAACGGCGGCAUGCGCGGACACGUUCCCGCUCCUUUGAACGUUCCGCCGAGUCAACGGAAUUUGAACGGGCCUCUGAGCCACAGUUCACCGCGGGUCAUUGGUGCAGCUGGCAACGUCGUUGGCGACUAUUACUGGGGUUCUUGAAAUUAAGAACUACAACAACAACAACAACAACCAUUUACAAUUUUUUCUUUCCUCCUUGAUGACAUAAUUGACAAUCGAUCGAACAAAUCGCGCUCUUGUUCUUGGAUGUUCUUCCACUCCAACACGCCCGUACUCCUCCUCCCCCUCCUUUCCAAAUGUUACAAUUUUUGUUUUGAAACGAACACACACACACACACGCGAUCCGAUAAAAAGAUUAAAAAUAAGUUUGUUGCGUGUCUCCGUGAAUAAUUUGUUACGACUAGAGAAAUAAUACCGUUGGGGCCACCAUUUAAUCAUCGAUUCCGACCUUUCUUUUUCCCCAAGUGCCUCUGAAAUAUUUGACUCGAAUUUUCUUUUUUCUCGUCUUGCCUUCUAGAGUGAUUGAUCUUACAUAACUAUUUCGACCACCCCCCCCCCAUCUAUUGUAAUGUAAAUAAUAAUUUCCAACCCCCUAUCAUGGCCAACCAAAGAAUGAUUGUAACCAUCGACUUUAUUCACCUUCCUUUCAUUCUUGCUAAUUUGCUAAAGAAAAAGAAAAAAAGAAUCUUCCUCCUCCUCUUCUCUUGUACUCCCGAAAAUGGUCGGUGUUGUGUGUUGACACGGGCGAACGCAGUUAUCACGAUCUCAAGUCACCCAAACAACAUGAGGACGACAUUCAAAUUCAUUGCAGCUUUUCAAUCCUUUUUCUUUCUUUCUUUCUUUCCCAUUUAAAAACGAAACACACACACGACAUUCACAGAGAUACUUUUUGGAAAAAAAAAGAAUUCACCUUGAGACAGUGUGGCCUUGAUAGCGACAAGUUGACGAAACAAUUUCUCCCGACAAACGCGCAAUCGUUCGACCAAAGUAUAAAAUUUUUUAAAAAAGAGACGCGCACGCACACAGCCAUGUCUGUGUGCGUGGAAGAUCACGGGGUAUAAAAAUAUCAUUUCCUCGAUGCCUUGUUUGCUGCUUUGUCGGUUAGGGAAAAAAUAUUCCGAAAUCCAUCAUAUCGUGUCUUCUUGUCUCGCUACCCUCGGAUUCCCGCUGUUUGACAAUAGUAUUACGUAACUGACACGAAGAGACACCCACCUGCUUUGUACUUUUUUUGUUUUAAUUCGGUGAUCGAUUUGUUAAGGGAGAAAAGAGGAGAGAAAAAAAAAGGACACGACAGAAAAACCUGUACUUUUUGGCUAAUUUGACUUGGGAAAAAGAAAAAGUUUAUUUUUCCCUUUGAAAAAAUUUCGCCUUUGACAAGACCAGAUGUUCGAGAGAGAAAAACGAGUUUUUUUCUUUUUCUUUAUCAUUUUAAAUAGCGACCCCCGUUGUAUGUGCGGCCUUUUUCAAAAAUUGUUUUUUCUUUUGGUCGGGUGAGUGAUUUGUGUGUUUUUUAAAAUUCAAUUUGACCGCGCCGUGCUCACUGUGUACGCCUUAUAUGAAUUAUUAUCAAUUAUUAUGACAUAAAUAAUUUUGUUUUUCUGUUGA